AUGCACAGAAACCGUCCUCCAGAGGAAGUAAGGAAGGAUCUAAUCUUAGCCAAACAACGUGAAAGAGAAGCCGCAGAGCAUCAAAGACAACGCGAAGCUAUCUUGAGAGACUCUCAGAAAGAUCACACAGCCGAUCGGUUCGUAGGUGUCACUGAAAACCUCGAUGAACGUUUGAAAAAAUCGACCAUCGGUCUGGUCACUUUGUCCGAUUUUCAGAAGACGAAGGAGGGACUAUUGGAGGAGACUUCUCAGGCUGUAGCUAAGAGUUUGAAAGAUAAAGCGUGGGUUUCCUAUAAGGCAGCGAAAGGCAAACGGAAAGAGAAGAUUAAGCUGUCUUUUGAAGAUGAAGAACCACCCCCUGAGCCCGAAACAGCUGUCGAAACAUCAGAACCCGAGACGAAGAAAAGGAGGUUCACCAAAAACCCAAAUGUCGAUACUUCAUUCUUACCCGAUCGAGAAAGAGAGGAAAGGGAAAGGGUGGAAAGAGAAGAGUUGAGAAAGGUAUGGCUGGCUCACCAAGAGAAAAUCAAACAGGAACCUAUAGAGGUCACUUAUUCUUUCUGGGAUGGGAGUGGACAUAGGAAAUCUGUUGAAGUCAAGAAGGGUGACGACGUAGCUACCUUUCUAUCAAAAUGCCGCCUUCAAUUCCCUGAACUGCGAGCCACUUCGGUUGAUAAUCUCAUGUAUAUCAAAGAAGAUCUCAUCAUUCCUCAUCACUACACAUUUUAUGACUUUAUCAUCAACAAAGCCCGUGGGAAAUCAGGUCCUUUAUUCAGUUUCGACGUCCACGACGAUAUACGGAUGGUAGCGGACGCCACAAAGGAGAAAGAUGAAAGUCAUGCCGGCAAGGUAGUCGAGCGAUCAUGGUAUAACCGAUUCAAGCAUAUCUUUCCUGCAUCGAGAUGGGAGGUCUACGAUCCGGAUAAAGAUUAUGGUUCUUAUGUAAGUGAUGGCGGACAACAAAAGUCAUGCUAA